UGUCGAGUCUUCAUCGUGGAAGGCUUGUGGAGAGAUUUUUUCACGGGCUGAGAACUAAAGGAGAAAGGCAUUCUCUCCCUCUUUCUCUCUCUCUUUUAGACUAAUCCUUUAUUCGGUAUUGCCAUUGGUCAUGAAGAAUUUUUAAUAUCGUGGAUAAGAAUAUCCACGUUGACAGUUUCCUUACGCACAAAAACUGUGCUGUUUUCUUUACAAUAACAAUGGAAGUACGGCGAAGAAAUAAAGGUAAAAGCAAUGAUGCCAGCAGACAAACGACUAAAGAAAUUAGUAGUAGUGAAGAUGAUCAUUCCGCAAUAACAAGCGUGAUUGAUGACUUUAAACAUGAAGAGACAGAUAAUAAACCAAUUGAACAAAGUAUUAUUGAACAAAAAUGUGAACAAGUGAACAAAAAAUUAACUAGUAUAAAGAUAAAUUUUGAGAUUGAUCUGUUAGCAGUAUUACUAUUAUUUUUGGGUCUAACUACGCGUCUGUAUCGACUAGAAGAACCUAAAAAUAUAGUAUUUGAUGAGUUGCAUUAUGGAAAAUAUGUUAGUUUAUACAUGAAAAAAACUUUCUUCUUUGAUUCUCACCCACCUCUUGGUAAGCAACUUAUAUCUGCUGCUGCGUACCUGGUAGGAUUUGAUGGCAAUUACAAAUUUGAUAGAAUUGGAUCCCCAUACAAUGACAAUGUUCCUCUAUUUGUUCUGAGAGUUAUUCCAGCACUAUGUGGAAGUUUAAACAUUCCAACAGUAUAUCAUUUAGCUUUAGAAUUGGGCUUGAGACAGUGGAGUGCUGCUAUAGCAGCAUUAUUAUUGUUGUUUGACAAUGCACUCUUGACUCAAUCAAGAUUCAUUCUGAUGGAAAGUAUUUUAAUACAGUUCUCACUGAUGGGUUUACUUUGCAUUUUAAAAUUUAGAAAAGUGAUGGAUAAACCAAUGACUUUUGCUUGGUGGUUCUGGUUAGUGGUGGGAACAAUCAAUUUGACUUGUGCCUUAUGUGUUAAGUAUGUCGGAUUUUAUACACUGCUACUUGCUCUCUAUGUUAUUGGAAGGGACUACUGGUCAUUGUUACCAAGAAAAACUCUAUCUAUUUUAAGUUUAUACUUGCAUUUAUUUGCAAGAUUGUUUGCGAUAGGCUUAGCUAUUAGUUUUAUUUACUUGGGUGUGUUCUAUAUUCAUUUGUCAGUACUUACUAAGGCUGGACCGCAUGAUUCUGUCAUGACAAGUGCUUUCCAAGCAAGUUUGGAAGGAGGCUUGGCAAGUAUUACCAAAGGACAGCCUCUUGAAGUAACUCAUGGAUCUCAAGUCACUUUGAGACACACGCACGGCAGAGCUUGUUGGCUGCAUAGUCACGAUCACGUGUAUCCCUUACGAUAUGCUGAUGGACGUGGAAGUUCUCACCAGCAACAGGUCACAUGUUACUCGUUCAAAGACGUUAACAAUUGGUGGAUCGUAAAAAGACCAGAUGUAAACGACUUGGUGGUGAACAAACCCAGUGAACCAAUUCGUCAUGGAGAUGUGAUACAACUGGUUCACGGAAUUACAAGUAGAGCUUUAAAUUCACAUGAUGUUGCAGCUCCCAUGACCCCACAAAGUCAAGAAGUCUCUUGCUACAUUGAUUAUAAUGUAUCUAUGCCCGCUCAAAACAUGUGGAGGCUAGAAAUUGCAAACAGGGAUCAAGUUGGGAACGUCUGGCAUGCAAUUCAGUCACAAGUACGUUUGAUCCACGUGAAUUCAGAUUACGCUUUAAAAUUUAGCGGGCGACAAUUGGCUGAUUGGGGAUUUAAUCAGCAUGAAGUAGUAGCCGAUAGGCACGUAGAUCAAUCAGAUUCUAUUUGGAAUGUCGAAGAGCAUCGUUAUACGAAAAACGAAGACCAAAAACAGCGUGAAAGAGAGCUUCUCAAUGCAGAAAUGAUACCACUAACUGCUACAAGCUUGAGCUUUUGGGAUAAAUUUAUAGAGUUACAGAUGAAGAUGUUAUUUGGCGGCCAAGAUGUUCAAAAUAGCCAUAUGUACUCUAGUAGUCCUUUAGAGUGGCCUACUAUGACGAGAGGUAUCGCGUAUUGGGUGUCGACGAAGAGCAAUGCUCAAGUUCAUUUACUAGGAAACAUAAUCAUUUGGUAUUCAGGAACGCUAGCCGUUCUAGCUUAUUCAUUUCUACUAGUUUUUUAUACGAUGAGACGUCGAAGAUUGUGCUAUGAUAUUGACGAAAGGGAGUGGAAUCGAUUUGUUGCUAUUGGUGAAGUUUUGUUUGCUGGUUAUUUAGUUCAUUAUCUUCCAUUUUUCGUCAUCGAGCGAACUUUAUUCUUGCAUCAUUAUUUACCCGCAUUUGUUUUCAAAGUUCUAUUGACUGCUGCCGUUGUGGAUCACGUACAUUACAUUCUGAGUACUUACGUACACUUGAAGAUUGUUUCAGCAUUGUUCAGAUUGCUUUUGAUAGCUUGGAUGAUUGUUAUUGCGAUGGUCUUUCGAAAAUUUACUGCGCUUAGUUAUGGCGUAACACCGUUGUCAGCUAAAGAAGUUUUGAAACUGAGGUGGAAUGAAGAAUGGGACUUCAUUAUACACAAAACUUGA